UCUGCUCUGGUGAUAAAUAUGGCGUCUGGCCUUGUGCAAUCGUUACCAUCACAAACAAUGCUAAACAAAAACUAAGCAGCAUGCUGACCAUUGGAACAUUUCACAUACCAUCUGUUCUGUUGUCAGUCUCUGGUUGGAGUUUCCUUUAUUUUAUGCUACGAUGGCUGGAGCCUAGGCGUAAACCAGAAUGGCACUGCCGCAUGAUAACAGUGGCUCAUGCUUUACUGAUCACCAUUCUUUCAGCAUGGGCUGCUUUUAUACAAGGACCAUGGCCGUUUACUAAUGCUGGUGGCUCAAAUACUCCAUUACAAGUGAAGGUAGCAACAGUUUGCUUGGGUUACUUCCUAUUUGAUUUCUCCUGGUGCCUUUACUUCCAAACAGAAGGUCUCCCCAUGCUCCUGCACCAUUCUCUAAGCCUGCUUGGGCUAAUCUGGACCCUUGUGGCUGGAAAGUAUGGUACAGAGCUCACUGCCACCAUUUGUGGAUCUGAAGUGACCAAUCCUCUGCUCCAGCUACGAUGGUUUCUGCGUGAGACAGGUCAUUAUCACACCAUUCUGGGUGAGACUGUAGAUCACCUCUUUAUGUUCUUCUUUUUCUUCAUUCGCAUUGGCAUUGGAUCAGUUCUCCUGUACUGUUAUUUCCAGCAGCCAACUGAUACGAUGGGCAGAUUUGGUGCCAUUUGUAUCUAUCUGAUUGGGUGGAUGUUUUGGCUCAGUAUUUGUCAGUAUGCUAUACGUAAGUACAGAAAGAAGCUUCAUUCCUGGCGUGAGCGAAGACAGAUAACGGCACAGGUAGCAGUUACUGAGAAACCUACAGUAAACCUCCAGGAUGAGUUUGAAUUUGCCAUAGACCAACAUAAAGUAAAUAAAAAAUCAUUUUCAUACUGUUCAGCUGAACCAUCUAACAGUCAUAUUGGCUGGAAUGGAAAUGAUGAUUGUGAACAGUUCAGAACAUUGCAAGAAAAUCAUGUUCACCUUAGAACUAAUGGUGUUACAACUAAAAAAUGAUGCAGAUUGUGAUUAUUUUUUUAAACACCUCUACAGAGAAAAAGAAUGUAUGAUAAUUAUGAUAGAUGCAAAAGUUGAAUAUUAAUGUCUGUUUUCAUUUACACCUAAAUGUAGAUAGACUCUAGUGAGAAUUUUUUUAUUAUUAUUUUUUGCCUUUUUUUAGCAUUAAGAGGGCUUGAAUUCCGCUGGAAUGAAUAGCCAAAAUUUCCCUCAUUUAUUUCCUUCUCCUUGUAAUUUAUAUAAAUUGAUAUUUUCAUUAUUUAAAGGGCAAACCAGUUCCAAACAUUUCUAAUUGUAAAUAAAUGUUUGCUAAAAUUAUAUGUAAAAACUACUCUAGGCUGAUUUAGGAGAAUGUUACAAUUAACCAUUAAUAAGAAUUACAUAAGUGUUUGUUUGCAAGACAGCUUCUGGUAAUCUUAGUGUGCCAUUGAGUUUGUAGGCAUGAAUUUACAGGAAUGCUCAUUGAAUGCCAUGUUAUUCAACAGUGGAGGGAAGCAUGCUCUGUUGUAGAACACAUUCUGUUAUGUUAGCAUACAUACAACAAUAUCUUUCAGUAACAGUGUGUGGAACAUCCAAUAUACAGCUGGUGGAUCUAUCCUGGGAAUGUAAUCUCUCCAGGUGAUAAAUUUCACAUUUUCAAGAUCAGUCAGUGCAUUCAUUAUGUGGCACAAUCCUGAGAUCCUUGCUGCAGUGCAUAGCAUUUUGAUAACUAUAUCAAGGACGAGUGACAAAAGACCAACUUCAUUAAUUUCCAUGGGCAAUUAUUACUUGAGACGUCUGCUCAAGUACAAAAAACAAAUGCUAGUUACAAGACAAGGAUAAGGCAAGUGGUGUGUCAUAGCAAAAACAGAAAAACCCUUGAUCUAAAACAAUUUGUAAGGCACCCCUACAUCAUAUACCUCAAAGAGGUGAUUGCAUUUCAAAUUUCAUGAAAUCCCUUAACAAAACAACAUAGCUUCUUCUUUGUAUCUCUUUAGAACUGUGUUCUGGAUUGAAUUCUAAAUAAACAAUUAGCUGCAGUGAAAGAUCUCUCUCCUCUAGGUGGCGACUAUAUAUAUGAGGCUAAACAAAGCGUGAAGGCUUGCAACUAAUAACUCAGUGCAUGUUGACAAAGCUAAAUAAAAUUGAUCAGAGCUUUACUUUAAAAUAAUGUGAAUAUAUCUUAUUGAUUUACAGGUCUUACAAUAAAAAUAGCUGUUUGUUAAAUAAAAAUAAAAAAUAAGAUUUCUCAUAGAGCACUGUUCCCUAAUGGCUCACAGUGCUUUACAAAAUAUAGUGCAUGCUAUGAUCAGAAAAACAGCAACAAACUAUUAGUCAAAGGCACAAUGGAAUAAGUCUUUCUUUAGCCCUGCUAAAAUGCUGACAAUGGUGAUCAUGUCUCAGCUGGAGAGAAAGAGAAUUCCAGACUGCUGGUGCAAUGGAGGCAGAUGUUACCCACCAAAAGACUUUUAAGUUAAUCCUAUGGACAGUCAGCAGCUUUUCUGUACUGGGACAGAGCAACCUAAAAGGAAAAUAUAUUCAUAGUAUUCAGAAAGAUGUGUAGAAGUGUGCCCUCAAAAUUGUUUAGUUAAGCCCAGCAAUGUUCAGUUGUAUUUUAGUCUUAACUACAUUGUAACUAAUGUGCAAGACUUGAAAGACUUUAUAAAGUUUCUUCAUAAACAGUAAAAAGAAAACACUGUUCUCCUUUUUCUUAGUAAAAUUCUUCAUUGUUAUAAGUCUUAAUGAGCAAUAAUUUUUAACCAGUUGUUAUCACACCUCACCACCAGAAGAACCCAUUUUUCUGUGACCAAAAUAUUUUGUGCAAAAAUAAUUCAGAACAUUAACCACAAUUUGUGCUUUGACUUGUCCUGAUGUCUAACUUUUAUUUUAUUUAUUACCACAUUAAUUAUUUGAAAUGUCCUACAAGUGCAUAUAAUGCAAAUUUGGCAGGUGUCAUUUUUAAAAGUGUUAUGCUUUGGUUUUUGUAUCUGCAUCGGUUCUCCCAGCCUGUGAUUAGGGUACAGGUAAAAAGGGUAAGGACUGACAAAAAAAAAGAAGAGAAUAUGAACAUUUCCACAUGAUUGGAACCAUAGAUAAGAUGGUCUUUAUUGUUUUUUAAGAAUUUAUUUGAUGUUUUUAUGAUCAAUUAAUUUAUUCCUCCCAAUGCAGAAAAUCUUUUUGCUGUAAAAAUGCUGUUUAUUUUUUGUAUAAGCAAUAUGCAGUUACAUUUAUUUUUGCUCAAUUUAUUUAACUGAAUGUAUUGAAGUGAUAUGCAAAUAAAAUACAUGUAUUGCAGUUUGCUGCUAGUUCUUUUUGGCAGUCACAGUUGUAGCAUUACAUUUCUUGGUGCAGUGUUUAGGGCAGCUUAGUUUUGAUCAGCUGCAGUUGUGCAACAUACAGACUAUGAAUAGUCUGUAGUUAAAUUCAGUUUAUUUUCUAGUAUCUUAACAUUAGGGAGAUUUCAAAGGGUUGGACAACAUAGGUCCUGGUAGUCAUUCUUCAGACACUUAGUCACUCAGUCUGCCUUGGUUAAUACAAUUUGAAGCUUCACUUGCUCGACUAAUAGCAAGCUCAGAAAGCUUAAAUUUACAGGUUAUUCACCUUUUCUAUAAAUUUCUUUCAAGUUUUAUGUGUUCUAAUCCAUUUCAGUGGGCUUUUAAUGUUGAGUGGCUUUCAUGAUUCUGAUGACUCAGAUUUUUGCAUUACCUCCCAUUACCUACCCUUCUGCUGCAACAAAUUUCUGAAACUGGGAACUGUUCUUAAUAAGUGAAUUUAGAAAUGUGUUUGAAAACAAGCUCCAAAGUCUUUUUAAAAGUUUGCUCGACAAAAGUUUAAACAAAUGUUUUAAAAGUGAUUUGUUCUUCUAUUAUUUAAAACAGCUCAGACCUGUUCUAAUCUAACUAAAACAGCAAUAACAGCAGUUAUCACAUUGGGGAGGAACGAGGUAAUAACUGCAUAUGUAAUUUGAUGUUGGGACCAAGUGGUUGGAUGUACAUAGUGAACAAGUAUGAGAGAGAGAAAGAGGAACAAGAAUAAAAUCUUCAGACACCCCAUACUUCAGCAGGUGAAUAUGUAAUGUCUUCAACUUCAGAGAGCACAGCCAUCUGUUAGAUGCCACAACCAUAAAAGCAGCAGCAUCCUGAUUAUUGUAAUUACCACCUUAGACAGAGUGCAGUCAGUCAGCUAGGACUGGAAACCAGUUUAAAGCAGUGCCAGAGACAUACAGCAACAUGAAGGUGAUGAAGAGAAGGCUAUCACAGAUGAGUGCCUAAUGCAGCUGACAGAUUUAGCAUUGAUAGUAAUGAUAUGUGAUCUCCAUAGAUGAAAAACUUUCCUUUUGCUGUUUAUUCUAGGGGGCCACCUUUUUUACUUCUGGAAGCAGAAGUCUUGCUUAAAAAGCUUUAUCGUAUUUUAAAAUGAUUUUAGUCAGAAAAGAUCUAAAAUUAAAUUGUGCACCACUUUUAGGAGCAUUCUAUAAAACUAUUUUAAGACCUAAAACUUUUAAAAUUAGAAAUGUACAAAUAGCUCCAGAGCUUCAUCAUACAUGUGUAAAGUAUUAUUUCAGCCAUCAGUCUUAAAUGUUGUGUGUCUUUUUUCAUUGGCAUCUGCUGUCCAACUCACAUCACUGUCAUUUUGUUUCCUCUGCUGAUAGUUUCACCAAGGCUUUUGAAAUUAUGUAUCCUGUUAGCCACUUUAUUGUCUAAGAUAACAAGUUCCUGCAGUUUGUUAGUCUUUUGAUGUCAUGCAGUACAGUAUUAUGCAGAUGUGUGCAGAACCCAUUUGUCUUGUAUAGACUGGAUAAAUCCUUCAUCCACAUGUUGAAUAUACUGGGCAUUAUAUUAAUUUGAUCUAAUGUGGUAUACGCUUAGAGAGUAUUGUAGUUAUUCUACUGUGGUAAGGAAGCCUUUUUCAGUGAGAUGUAUAAAUACCAAAGGUUUUGUGGAAAGAACAGUAUUAGCACUUGGGAUUAAAACUGAUCAUACUUGUCAGACUCUUACAGAAAAAGGGUAGAAUAAAAUGACAGGAUAAUCUGCUCAAGACCUAUCCUACCUAUACUGCCACAGCUGAUUUACCUGAAAAGAAAAUUUCUGCAAAAUUUAGUGAAAAGGCUCGAUUUUACACUCAUGACAGGAGGUGAAAAGACGCAAGACUGAGGCAAUCUCACAGGAGAGUUUGCUGUUUGCAUGUAGAAGUGCAAUGCUAGUAGACUUCUUUAUCUUUAUGACCACUAUAACAUUUUAUCUUUGGAGUUCUUUGUUAUUAAUAAUAAUGUAAUAUGAUCAAUGGGAACAUUGUAAGAAGCACAUGUGCAUGUGUGAAUAUCAGUGCAUUUUUUGCUGACUGUACAUUUUUUAUUUUACCAGGAGUUAUUUUUUUUAAAAAAGAACAAUUAAGCAUUGUGUGGAAAUAAUGCUAUAUAGAAGUGCUUUAUUAUUAUUAUUUGCACAUUUGAAUUAGGUUGCAAAUCAUGAGUACAAAAUUAUUUAUUGGAUCCUGUAAUGAAUUUGACAUAGAUUUUUUGUUUGUUAUACAUGAAUGAAGUGUGAUAUCUGUAUCAAAAUAUCAUAUCUGCUGUGCAACGUGUUAUUGUAUCGUCUUAUAAUGAUUGUUCCUCUGGCGAUGUAUGAAGAUAUGAUUCAGGGUUUGCAUGAGAGUAAACUCAGAAAAACAAAA